AUGGCGCCUAAACCGCACCUACAAAUCUUCGGGCAGCCGCCCACCCUCCCGGUCGCGGAUGUCGCAUCGCCGGCCUUCCCGCAAUUUCCGUCGCUUCCGCCCGAGUUGCGCCUCAAGAUCUGGCGGUGCGCUCUGCAGCGCCAGCGCAUCAUCCGCGUGCUGCUCAGGGAGUGGAAGGAAUACCUCGACACGGACGCGCCCACCGCGGCCGAGGACGCGCCGUUCGUGGCCCUCGUCGCCGGACACCAGACAGUCAGCAAGCUGAUGCGCGUCAGCUGCGAGGCGAGGGCCGAGGCGCUGGCCCACUACCGCGUCCGCAUCCCCUGCGAGCUCGUCCUCCCGGGCACCGGCAGCACGCCGUGCCAACCUCGCCGACUGUCCACCCUGUACUUCAACCCCGAGCACGACUUCCUCAUGAUUUCGUCGCAGUGGGCGGUCAAGAACACUCUGAUCGAGUUUCUCGUCCGCCUCAAGACUAGCUACGACCCACGCCGCGUCGGCCUCUUGAACCUCGCCGUCGACGUCAACAGCCUCAACGCCAACGACCUCUACCAGGUCCACCCCCCGGACCUCGAGCCCGACGCGCGAGAAGCGUUCCGGGACACCCUCGCACAGCUCGACGAGGUGUUUUUCGUGUCCGAAAUCCGCGCCGGCCGCAUCGUCGACGGCUGGCAGAGCGGCUUCACGGGCGAGCGCCACUUCAACCGCUCGCUGCCCGUCAUGGCGGCAACGGCGGCGUUUGAGCGCCUGCGCCGCGACCCGCGCGAGGUUCUGGACGACCUCGGGACGAAGAUGUACGUGCGCCUGUUCAUCGGCCUCGACGCAGUGCGCCUGUGGCGCGAGCUGCUGGCGCGGUGGGCCAUCUCGGCGCCGCAGAUCGAGUACCGCUGCCUGAUGGCCUUUGACCCGACGCUCGGCAGCGACGGCGACGUCACGAGCCGCGUCAGGGCCGAGAGGUUUCUCGAGAAGGAAGACGACGUGUGGCGGAGGCCGAUGAGCGAGUGGAGGUAUCCGCCCAAAAUCUCGGCGGGAUCGCCGUUUGGCGAUCUCCUGAAGGAGCGGCUCCACGACCCGCCGCCCGCCGACAGGGUGCCGCCCGAGGACCUCGACAGAGCGGUGCGGCCUGCGUUUGGUUUCUGGCUGUUCCCGAUCAGUAUGAUGAAGGCCGUCGCGGAAGCGCCUGCCCCCGUGAACAAGAAGCUCAAUCUGUCACAGCACUGGCCUGAGCUGGCGCUCAUGGAUCUGCCUUUUUGA